CUUUUCUCAAGAACAGCGACCGACGAUCGCGAUCCGACAACAAUUUUUGCUAGUAUAAUAACGAGCGUGCCGUUCCUGCUUCGAUGGACCACACGAAAUUAGCAUUUUUGCGAAAGUGAGUUUGUUUUGUUGAUUCCUAGAAUGACAUUUAGUACAACCCAUUCCAGACGAUAAUUGAGUUAACUAAGCAACCAACGAAAAAGACUUCUGGUUGGACGAAAUUUGUUCUACAUUUCAGACUAGUAAUAUGUUGGCUGCCAACACGACCAGUCGCUCGCUCGUUUGCUCGGGUUGGCGACGCUAAAGAGGACCACGACCUAAAUCGCCAGCGCUUCAUCUUCGUCGGGCCGCUCCUGCCACGAACUGGUCAAGAUCGGGGCGGAACAAAGUCAAAUGUUCACCAGCGCGACACAGGCACGAGAAUAGACAAAGCAGAAUAGCACCAGCACAAGCACUCCACAUUUUACGGGUCCUGUCAUCAAAAUAAGUGGCGAGGUACGACGAGAACACCCGAUCACGUCCAUUUUUAUUCACGCGCUUCUUGAUGAGCAGGCGGUAUCCUUCCUCAUCUUCGUAGAGAGAAAGAAGUGGCAGCACAGGAGUAGAACCUGUACCAGCAGCGCUGGAGGAAUCAUACCAACAAGGAACUACGACGCGAAGACGGGUAGAGAAAGAAGCGAGCUGGUUGCUAGGACAACGGCUGAAGAACUAUCAGUAGCAAGGGCAGUCUCCUGCGAGGACCUAUUAUUGAAGACGGCACAAGAACUGUUAGUUCGGGCUGUGGUCUUCCAGGAUUGAACCAGGCACCAGAAUCGAUUUGCUGCGCUCGAUACUCGCGCCGGUCUGGUAGAAGAUUGAACAGGUGCAGCUUACGUUCGCCACGGAGUAAGUACUAGAACAGAACAAGGAAAAAUAAGACUUGCCGUGGGCGACGGAAGCCGCAGCGGAGGACAACACGCGGUGAGAAAACCCUUCGCAUUCGCGUCGCAGGACCGGAGGUAGACAGAAGUCUUCCGGUCAAUAAGUAUUUUGGAGCCGAUACUAUCAAUCUCCCGAGUCCAACAGUUCCGUGGACUUCCAGUUCCACAGCGACAGGCUUUUUGGAGUUGUAAAGAUACACAAGAACUCCAGCCAAGAACAUCCCCAUCGCGACAACACACCAUGGAGCUACCCCGGCCAGGCGAGGGUGCCACGAGCACACCACCGGCACAGAAGGCGUGGCUGAAAUACAAGAGAAUAGCACAGACGCAGCUCGACAGAACAGUCAUUUUUCCCACGCAGAGAUGGGCUUUCUUCGCCAUUUCACUCCUACUGUAUAUAAAACUGGUUAAUGUAGUUUUUUUUUGGUGCUUUCGGUUUCGUUUUUGUUUGAAGAGUGAUGAUAUAUUCAUAGUAAAAAAAUUCAUCUUCCCCUACUACUGUUGUUCAAGUUGCAGUUCAUGCAUGCAUCAACGGGACCAGGACCACCGUGAGCACAUAGUAAAAGUGAAUCAAAUUCUAAUUCAACAGGUACUGCAUACGGGUGUACUUCCUUCACGGUUUCUACAUCGUGACCUACAUGCUCGGGAUCUACCUUCUCAAUCUCUUCAUCGGCUUCCUCUCACCAGCAGUAUUUGGUUUUUAUUGUUUCACUAUAAUCUCUCUUUUGAUGUGCCAUCGUGAUACGGAACGAUUGCGCUUUGUAGUAGCUAAUUUGGAAUUUUCAACUAAGUCAUGCGUAAAAGCAAAAGUUGUGUCAGUGUCUCUCCUCUUUUUUGAUACACAAACGCAAACCAUUGCAACUGCUCUCAGUUCGACCCCGACGAAAUGGACGACGAUGGGCCCAUCCUCCCCACCGGUGCGUCCUCCGUAACGGAAGAGCGGUCGGACGGCGAGUUCCGCCCCUUUAGCAGAAAACUGCCCGAAUUCAAAUUCUGGUAUGCAUUGCAAAUAUGUCUGGGUCUGGAAGGUCCGAAGUUGUCAUGCUAAAUCUGAAUCAUGUAAAAAUCUGUGUUGCAUGAUUUAUUACCAAAAGCUGUCCACUUGUGACCUAAUCGAGAUGCAGUUUCUCAUGCAGAAUAGGCAUCAUACAACUAUCACAGAUUCUGUCAUGCUAUGUCCUACAUACCAGACCCCAUGGGUCAUGGAAAACCUGCAUGACAAGUCUGGCACUCUUCCAGACCCAGACAUAUUUGCGGUUGAUAUCUGGGUCGCCGGGACGAGGAUGGUGUGGAUCUCGAUCUUCAUGACCUUCUUCAGCGUCUUCGACCUCCCCGUGUUCUGGCCGAUACUACUCAUGUACUUCAUCCUCCUGGUGUUCAUCACCAUGAAGGACCGAGUGGCGCACAUGAUCAAAUACAAGUACUGUUUGUCUACUAGUUAUUUCCGCGUGCACUCCUGUAGUCUACUUUAUGCCGCCGGAAGUCGAAGUGGAGCUUGAACUAGUCGUACUUGCAUGAGUCUCUACUUUUUGAUGUAGUAGUUUAUUUUUGUACAGAUGCAGCUAUACCUAUAUGUUCUUGUCACGUUGAAAUGCAAAAUUUUCAGAUACGUGCCCUUUUCCUGGGGAAAGCAGACCUAUCGAGACAUCGCAAAAGUAUCGGCAACGGGAGUGCCACCAGGUGGCGCCGGGGGUGGAGGUGGCAAGGAUAAUAAGUAACCGCUCAGAUGUACUACGAGCUGCAGAUCAUGUUGAGGACAACGCAUCCGCAGCGGCGCCUGUGUCCACCCUUUUCACGACCACCUCACAAGUACUUCGGAGCGCCGCGCUUUCCUACUUACGAAGUAAUACCAUCCCGACCCUCAAUUCAUUCGUGUUCUUUGUGUCUUCCCCAAGACGAGAACACCACUUAAGUAUUACCCCGCAGUGUCGCAAGCAAAGGAGUCGAAGAUGAUCAUAGUCUCAAAGUUAAGACUUCUCACCAACUCCCCCCCGCCCCCGGAGUAGAUUAUUUUCUGACCGUGUACCUAAGUUUUACGCCAGCGAAGUUGUGUUGUAUAUGUAUUUUCCG